ACGGGCUUUAUCGACUAGUUUAGGGAUCGUCCACAAAUUUCGUCCCAUUAACGAGACGCUAUAAGACGAAAAAGUUAAAAAAAAUUCGUCUCGUUUUGUUCUUAAUUGAAAUUGAGACGAUUUAAAAAUCGUCUCAUAAAUAUCAGGAGACGAUAUUUUGUCAAUUCGUCUCAGAAUAAAAAAAGUGGAACAAAAUAUUUUAAGACGAAUUGAGACGAAUUGAGACGCUGCGGUAAAAUCACGGAGACGAAUUGAGACGAAUUAAGACGCUGCGGUAAAAUCACGGAGACGAAUUGAGACGAACUAAGACGACAGGGUUUCUUAAACACGAAAAUUUAUUUAAAAAGCUAGUGUUUUUUAAAGUGGUUUUAAUGUAUUCAGAUAUUUCAGAUAGCGACAGCGACCUAGAUUGGUUGUUUACGGACGAUUCUUUGUCCGAUGAUGAAAAUGAAGAUUACAUCAACGAAAUUUUACAAUGCGCUUCAAAAAAACGAGGCAGACCAGCGCUACACGAGCAACAUCCGGGCUUGGUUCCAUGUAUCGCAUCCUACAUAAGUCAGAACUCGGCCGAGGCCCAUUUGAGGCGCAGAGACAGUAUUAUGUACACAAAUGGUUAUUAUAAAGAGCAAUUUUACUAUCUGGAAGAAAAAAGAAUUUUAAUAGAAAUACAGAUUAAAGAUACUAUAAACAAAAUGAAUUCAUAUAAAAGAGAAAGAAAUUUAUCUAUGUCUCCACAUGGAGGAAUUAAUCUGUUGUCUUCAUCCCCCAGGCAACAGAAUGGAAAGCUAAGUGGCCGCCAAAGGGCAACCUCAUCCCCAACCCCCCCAAAUGGAACAACAUAUUCAAAAAAGGAAAAGGGUGUAAUUGAAAAGCUAUUAAACUCGUAUGGCUUUGUGGAAUGUGCGUCUACAGGUGGACGUGUGUUUUUCCACUACAGUGAGUACGAUGGAGAUCCAAACAAUCUUUUGGUUGGAGACUGCCUGGAGUUUUCACUGACUAACGAUCCACGAAAUAAUAAGCUGUUAGCAAUCAAGCUGUCCAAGCUGCCACCAGGAUCAGUAGUUGUUGAAUCAGUAUCAGAGGAGGAGUGUGUUGGUAGAGUUGAAGUAGAACCACGUUUAACAAGAAAUGGAGAGCACCCAGAUCCAUCUACUCUUGGUCGCGUGAGUUAUGAUAAGAAUGGGGAAUUCUUCUUCCUUCCCUUCACCAUUCAUGAUAUUGAAAAGGGAGAGCAGAUUCGUAAAGGUGACAACGUAUUAUUUUACGUUGCAACAAAUAAACGGACUGGCUCCCUAAAAGCAAGACGCAUCAGGUACAUCGCAGAUGCUUUGAAAAAAACAAAGAUGGUGCAAGGAAUAAUCAGUUCGUUAAAGGAAUCAUUUGGGUUUAUCGAACGAGCAGAUGUAGUUGCUGAAAUUUUCUUUCAUUACAGUGAGUUUAAUGGUGACAUAAACGAGGUGAUGAUUGGAGAUGAUGUUGAAUUUCACCUUCAAGAUCGUCAGGGUAAGGAGAUUGCUGUAAAAGUUAAAAAGCUGCCUGCUGGUACAGUGGUCUUUGAAGAUAUUUCCCAAAACAGACACCGAGGUCAUGUUAUUAAAGCUAUCAACACAAGAGCGCUUAAUAACUCAGUGGAUGGCCAUUUGACAGGUAUGAUUGAAUAUCAGGGAAAGACUGAUACACAUGAAGUUUUGUUCGGCGAUCGUGAUACUGAAGACGACAUCAUACUGCAGAAAGGUGACGUUGUGGAGUUCAAUGUUUCUACAGAUCGUAGGGAUAAACUCCAACGUGCAGUGAACAUAAAACUGAUAUCAGUGUGUGUCAAGAAUGGACAAACACGUGACUAUGGUGUUGUAAGCAGUUUAAAGGAUGGCUUUGGUUUUAUUAAAUGCACGGACCAAGACCUGAGCAUAUUCUUUCAUUUCAGUGAAGUUUUAGAACAGUCUCACAUCAUAAACAUUGGUGACGAAGUUGAGUUCACCAUAGAAAAUGAUCCGAUAUCAAGGCGCCAACAUGCCACUCGUAUUCGAUUCCUUCCCAAGGGAAGUGUUACUUUCGAAACAGUUUCCACUAAGAGACAUGUAGGGGUUAUUGAGCAAGUCGCACCUGAAAGAAACUUAAAGAGUCCAAGCAAACAUAACAAGGAACAGGAUUUCGGUGUUGUUAAGUGUUUCUUGGAUGGUAAAGAAACAGAUAUCUACUAUCGCAUUCGGGACUGCAGACCACGCGAAGUGCCGCGCUAUCGCGAUAAAGUUGAGUUUGUGUUGGUUACAAAGAAAGCCAACCAGCAUCAACUGGCGCGCGACAUCUCUGUGCUUGAACGCAACGAACGCAAAUACCAGCGGGGAUAUAUCUGCGCGUUGAAGGACUCUUACGGUUUUAUCGAGGUUGAAACCCAUGAGAGAGAGGUGUUCUUUCACUACAGCGAAUUUGACAGCGAUUCCAAUCAAUUGGAGGUCGGCGAUGAAGUGCAAUUUGUGGAAACGAAAAAGACAGACAAACGGAGCGCUGAAAACGUAACUAAAAUAAUGUCUUCCACGCUAACAGAUGAAAUCCUACCUAAAGUUUACGACGGUGUGAUUGUAAGACCAAUGAGAGUAGUUGAUCCUGAGCAAGACGAGUAUGAAGGUUUGGUGCAAGUUCUAACUAACAGUAACAACAGUACCACGCCCAAACCUGAUGGUGGUGACGAGAAAACCCCGCAGAGUGAACAACCUGUCUAUCCUUUCAGUAUAUCCAGUUUAAUCCAGAAGAAAGAAGCGCUGCAGACUGGUAACAAGGUGACGUUCCAGCUGUGCAUCGAUCGUGUAACGCGUAAGAAACGAGCUGCUAGUUUAUCGUGUAAACGAAACGUUGUUCGCGGGAAGGUGGAAUCAAUCAAAGGCCAGUUUGGUUUCAUCUCAUACGAUAGUGAUGACGGCAAGAGCGUGUUUUUUCACAUGUCUGAAGUACAAGAUGAUCAUGGUAAAGAUCUCAAGCCUGGUGACGAUGUUCGCUUUGUGAUUGUGCAGAAUCAUAAAAACGCGAAGAAAAGCGCUGUUCGCGUGUAUAGAAUUGUGGACGAACGACCUGAACAUUUGACACGAAGAAGAAGUAAACGCUUCUCAGAAAGUGGGCAGAGCAAAGUAAUCAUUCUGCGACAACCAAACGGCCCCGACGGAUCGAAAGGAUUUGCUCUUAACCGGGAUGCUGAUGUUAUCAAGGAGCAACUCUCUGCUAUUGAGAUCAACAGCGAAGGGGAGCAGCUUUCUGAGAAUGACAUCAAAGAAGAAGAGAGUCCUUGAAAAUGAUUUUUAGUUCUCACUUUUUGUAGUUGUAUAUAUGUAUCUGUCUAUUCCUUUAAUCUCCCCACCCUGUUGUUUUUCUGGUGCUAUUUUUUUUUAAUUACAUUUGUGUACCGCCUCUUUUCUUUGCUCUUUGGGCGUGUAAUCUGGCGUAAAACCUGGAAAUCUUUUUUCGCAUUCCGACAUCGUAAGCAAAAAGUGUUUCCUUAACUGUUCAUUUACUGUUUGCGAGAAAAUAUAUGAGAGAGCUUCUCUUUUCAAUCUUUUUUCAAAAAACUUCUCUUCAAACACUGCUUUUUUCAAGGUUUAUAUAGAUUCAAGUAUAAAACGAAAAUAUAUAUCUUCUUCAGAUUUUAUAAUUUCCGUGUUCAAACUUCGAGUUUUGAAAAAAAAAGUUGUAUAAAAAAUAUAUUUACGUGUAGUAUUUUCAACGAAUUUAUACUGCGAUGAUACCUCGCAAACAUUACUUGCAUAUACGCCACAAAUAUAUGCUUUUGAUGUUUCCGUGUGUAGAACGAGGGAGACUAGGGCGAGUUUGGUUAAUAUUCAUGCUGUUAUGAUUGGUUAAAGUGAGCGUCGUUCUUAUUGACUCCCAGCACGUGACUUAUUUUCUCGCAUUUCGAUAACCAAGUUUUAUCUCUCGUAUUUGCGAAUGAAUUAAUGGUGCAUAAUCAAGAAAACAAUAAAAUAUUAAUUUUAUAAACGAGAAACUGUUAAAUUUUUCGCCGUUUCUGCUCGAAUUUUUAAUGAGCUGGGACCGGCAAAAAUUGUAAAAAAGAACGUGAAAGGAAAAAGCUGGUGUUAAAAAAUGAAAUAAAACAAACAUAUAAA